AUGGGCAAUAACCCCUCCCGCCCCCCGCAGCAGCAGCAGCAGCAGCAGCAGCAGCAACAACAGCAGCAGCAGCAACAGCAGCAACAGCAGCAGCAGCAGCCUCCUCCACAGGCUCACCAACAUCACCAUCAUCUCUUCCAUCAAUCAUCGCACUCGUCUCCCACCUCUGCCCAGUCAUCGCCGCCUACAGCUAACUUUCCUACUCGUGCCGUCUCUAACGCGUCCGACGCGUCCCGGAAUAGAAGUGGUCGAAGGAAUAGCCUUCAGCCCCUUGCUUCCGUAAGGCACCAGCCCACGUCCCUACCCGCAGGUGUAGGUCCUCAAAACGAGGAUAAUUUAUCCGCACGGAAUCCCGAUCCCAGGUAUUCCCGCAGGGAAAGCAUCGCCGAGACUAUUUCCGGGUCUGGGGCGAACGCAAAUUGGACCCCCAAGCCGCUGCCCGAUGACGAUGACACCUCAUCGAAGGCUCCCAUAUUGGUCCCCACAAGACAGACUGCUCCGAGUACGCCGUUGACGAUUGCUUCCGGUAGGGCGGUUGGUAAUGAUGAUAUCCCCCCAGGGUCCGCGCUGCCGCCGUCUGUGGCUGGAGUGAGUGCGGAUGGAAUGCCGAGGAGAGGCAGCAUGGCAUCGACUGCCACUAUCGAUGAAGACGAUGUCGAUGUGGCAGAUACCAGGACGAUUCCCACACUUAUACAAUGGCCGCAUGCCAACGAGGACAGGGUAUAUGUUACCGGGACCUUUUCCAACUGGAGAAAACGCUUCAAACUCAGCAGAAGCGCAAACGAUGACAGCUGGUCGGCUGUCGUUCCUCUCCCCCCCGGAACACACCACCUUAAAUUCAUCGUCGACGGGGAUAUGCGCACAUCCGAUGCCCUUCCUACCGCUGUCGAUCAUACUGGCAUCCUUGUCAACUACCUUGAGGUCAAUGCCGACGACAUGCCUCCUCUUGGCCGUCAACUGACGCCAGAAUCCCUUAAUUCACCAAAUGCUCAUCCCCAUGGUCAUCACCACACAGACCACCCUCCACAUCAACAAAACAUCAUGGCGGGACUCGUAAAGACCAAUAAACGUUACACCAACGAAAUACCUGGCUUUCUUAGAGAUUUUAUCGACGGGUAUGGCGACGAUGAGGACCAUGGAAGGAAGAUUGGAUCAAAUGAGGGUGAUAUACCGGCACCCCCGAGUCUGCCAAUGAUGCUCCAAAAAGUCAUCUUGAAUACGAACGGCGCAAUGAAGGAUGAUGCCAGUGUAUUGGGCAUCCCGAACCAUGUCGUGCUGAACCAUCUUGCCACCAGUAGCAUCAAACAGCAGGUUCUUGCUGUGAGCGCUACCACGAGAUACAGGAAGAAAUAUGUGACCACGAUAUUGUACAAAGCUACCACCGAAUAA